AUGGCGAUGUCGGUGGAGGAGGCGAUGGAGAGCUACGUGUAUCCCUCCUACAACCCCUACGCCUACCGUUACCCCCCGCCCAAGGGGAAAGGGCCGGGUCCCUGGAGGCAGCGGGGCGGUUACUUCUCCGGCUACGGCGACAGCGCGGCCGUGGCGGCGGCAGCGGCGGCCGAGUACUUCGACCACUACCAGCGGGCGCACCUCAAGGCCAUCCUGUCGCAGGUGAACCCCAACCUGACGCCGCGGCUGCGCAAGGCCAACACCAAGGAGAUGGGCGUCCAGGUCAACCCGCGCCAGGACGCCUCGGUGCAGUGCUCGCUCGGGCCGCGCCCGCUGCUGCUGCUGCGCCGUCGGGGCCCCGGGGCGCCGUCGGGCCAGGAGCAGGGCAGCCCCGUCAGCCACGUGGCGGCGCGCAGCGUGCGCUUCCCGCGGACCCUCGCCGUCUACUCGCCCGUCGCCUCCCGGCACCUCACCACCUUCCUCGAGGAGCCCGAGCCGUCGGAGGCGCCGCCCACCAGCGAGCCCGAGGACCGGGCGGGCGCCGCCGGGGAGAAGGCGCCCGAGGGACCCACCCAGGCGGGAAAGGAGGAGCCGCCGGUCUCCGAGGGGGCGCAGGAGAAGCCCCCGGAGGCCGAGGCCGCGGGGAAAGCAUCGCCGGCGAAGGAGCAGCCGCAGCAGCCUCCUCUGGAGGAGUCCGGGCAGAGCAAGACCCGCGUCCGCUUCCAGUUCCUGGAGCAAAAAUAUGGCUACUACCACUGCAAGGAAUGCAACAUCCGCUGGGAGAGCGCCUACGUGUGGUGUGUACAGGGCACUAACAAGGUUUAUUUUCGGCAGUUCUGCCGGACUUGCCAGAAAUCAUACAAUCCCUACCGUGUGGAGGAUAUCACCUGCCAAAGUUGCAAGCAGAAACGGUGCACCUGCCCUGUGAAACUACGCCACGUUGAUCCCAAGAAACCUCACCGCCAGGAUCUCUGUGGAAGAUGCAAAGGCAAACGUCUCUCGUGUGAUAGUACAUUUAGUUUCAAAUACAUUAUUUGAGCAGGAGAGUGGGAUGUGUGCAUGGAAGAACUCUGAAUAUUUAAAAGUGCGAGGAGCACAGAUUUUGUUUGGAAGUAGCAGGUUGUAGCAAUGGAAAGCUUGCCAGUGAAGCUGUAGUAUAGCAAAUGCAAAUUAUAAUGCAACCUAACAUCUACCUCAUCUGUUAAUUAUAUUAAGAAUGGAAAGGAAUCUGCUUGAUAUACUGGGACAAAACCAGAUUCUCCUUAUUGCAAUCAGGGCUUGAAAAGCUAAUUCAGCAAUAUUUUGUUUUUUGUUUUAGGGAAGGAGGCUUAGUUAACCAUGGUCCUAUCCACCUAGAUGUGAUAGAGAAUGUGCAGCAUCUUUCUGUAUGUUCAUAUUUUUCAGAGAUGCUUUUUCUUUCCACAUCCUGAAUGGUCCAGUACUGGCAACGGGAACUAAAUUUUCAUUGACAAUCUUCCUAAUCUGGCGGAUGAAAUUACACAAGUCAGGUUUAUUUGUGGAAGUGCUAAAUCUUGAUAUGGAAAGGGAGAAGUAAUCACCAAUUGUCUACUGUUUGGGGCCGGCAGCACAUCUGUGCUACCUUGUGAACAGCUGUGUACUUAUGGAUCACAGGUGUUUGAAGGGUGUUAGAUAAACUUAGACAAUGGUUCUGAGCCAGUAGGUUGGAUUAGAGUUGUAUACAUAAUUCUGGGUCACCAACAAGCAUAACUGGUAUGUUGUAUACUAUCUCAGAAAUUGCCUAAUUGAAAUUCAAAGGAGUGAUUUACUUGUAGGUAAGUGCUAGGAUGAAUCUGAUGCAUCCAAAGUUUCCAGAUGUUAACUUUUUUGUCCUCAACCAUGACGGUGAAUGUCAGUCUCUUAAGUUCCUGAUAAACUAGUACCUGAUAGCUAAAUAAAGUGAU